GUGGGCGCGAUCCGCGAGCGCAUGAACGAAGUGGACGAGAACCUCAACUACCUGUUGGGCAAGCUGUCGCUGUUCAGCUCGGAGUUCGGGCAGGUGCGCACGGGGCUGGGCGAGGCGCUCGACUCCAUACGCACCACCUUCCAGGAGGCGCAGAACGCCAUCCGCGACGCCGGGCCCGGCCCCAACCCCGUCGCCUACGACAUCCCGCCCGAGUAGGCGCCGCGGCAUGCCGUCUUGACAUGGCGCGUUCCUUCCACUUCUGUUCAAGGACAUCCGUACCUAC